AAUGCCUACUGGUUUACUAAGUCAGACUCGUGCCGUAUAAGAUACGUUUAAAGGGGAAGCGCUCCCCGAUAAAAUUUUGUUCAAUCAUAUCUUUUUAGAAGGUUAAGGCUGCUUAUGAUAGACCCUUGUGUUCGGACUUUUUCCCGAAUCUCGCGCAAAGCAAGAACUUAGUGCCCUUUAUAGUUUGUAACCCGUGACUUCUUAUAUAAAGAUGGAGGGAUCAUAUCCACUUAUCUCACCACAAAAUUUGGUAGUUCAACCACAUAUACUUAUAAACUGCUAUGUUAUCGGUGUUUGUAGAUGCUGCGGAACAGAGGAGGGGAAAGUAGAGUGCAAGUGCGCAGAAGGAUGGUCUUGCUCCGUUAUUAAAACAGAUAGUCCCAAAGCUGGCAAGCCCUUCUGUAUUUGUUCCACCGACACCACUUGUAUCUGUGUGGAUGAAUCUGAGAGCACGUUAGCAGAGGUUAAGAAAGCUUUAGAGGGCUCACUUGGUUGCAAAGUAGUCUGCAAGACUGAUGCAGGAUAUACUUGUAAAGUCACCAAUGCUGGGAAAGUCAUAACUGAAUGUGGAGAAGGUUGCAUCUGCAUCGUUGAUGAAACAGGCAGUAUUAAAUGCAUAACCAAAGCAGCAGAAACCUCCUGCUGCACCUCUUCCUCUUGUAACUAAAAUAUAUAAGACCAAUAUUCAUGAACAAAUAAGACCAGCAGCUAGCUUGCUUGCAUGAAUGAUGCUGGAUUAAUGGUGUCGGCUUGAAAAAAUAGUGCUUAUCUCGAAUCAUGUGAUCAUUUGUGUAUCUCCAGUUUGUUUUAUUAAAUGAAUUUCUGUUUGUUUAAAAUUCCUGUAUGUGAAUGAGUAUGUGUUUGGUACGAAA